CGUCCUAUCAUCCUGGAUGUGGCUCGACAUUGGUGCAUGUCCUCUGGGCUCGUGCUGAACUGGUCUCAGAUCGCCAGGCAGACAGGCCACGACCGCCAGGUCCUGCAGAAAGCGCUUCACCGCUUUGCUGAGGCGUAUUUCUUGUGCCAGGUUCAGUUGCGGAAGAAGCUCGAGGGCGCCCUGGUGGAGUCGCUCGGCAGAGAACGGUGCCUGCUGUACGUCGACACGUCACGCUACGACGAGACCCCCAUGAAGACGACGCUGAGGGGAGAUGCUGCUGCAGGAUCCGCAAGUGAUGUCAAUCUCCACGCUCUUGUCCCCCUGCCGUUUGGCAGGGCACUGCGGCUCAUGCACGCCCUCGCUGCUCACGAACGAAGUGCUGCGAUGGUCACGAAGCUCAUGCAGAUUAACCAAGCAGUGUGGUUGCUCGUCAAUGUUGGCGAUAUCCCAGUGCGGCUGUAUCUGAAUACGGUGUGCCCCCUGCAGCCGAUGGAGUCGACGGCUGCGCCAGUGUGCAAGAAAGCAGUGCUACGGAGUUGCGCGGUGUCCACAUACAGCGACGGCUUCAAACAACGGAUGCGCUUCUGCUGCUCUGACUCUGCGAAGCCCAACAUCGUCGUGGAGAACAGCAUCGCGUCUGACCGACAUGGAUGGGAGUCCCUGCACUUGUUCUGCGAAGUUCACGCGACAGCAGGCAUCCACAGCAAGACGUUUGAGAGUCUCAUGCCUCGCACGAUUUCGUCUGUGAUUCACGCAUCCCUGUCCUUGCAGCUCAGCGGCUAUUUGAAUCAUUUUAGGAAGUGCUUGAGGCACGUGAUCAAGUCCAGGAUCAAGCUCGUCCCCGAGGGGCUGCCAGAUGACGCUGUUAAGUACAAGAGAUCUGUCAUCAAGAUGUUUUUCGAGACUGGCCCUGACAGGGAGGUGAAGAAAGUAGUUGUCGCUUGCCUUCCACGCGGCGACUGGAGGAAUCGAGAUUACGUCGAUGUAUGCGUGCCACACGGGCUUGUGACCGACAUCGACGUAGCUGCAGUGGCAAGCGUCAUCGAGAACGGUCUCAGUUUCGCCCUGGUGAGCGCGAAGCCUAGCGUGUGGCCGAGACAUCGGUGGACGGGCUCAGAGAUCGCAAUUGAUUUUUGGGGGCGCCUCGAAGCAAUGCACGGGCUGGCGUCUGCGACGUAUCCUUUGUUUUCUCGAACCCUCGGCAAAGAAUUACCUCCCGCGGGCCCUAUUGGCGGGGCGGUGGGCGCCGAUGGUGCUGCUGGUGUGUUGGACGACGGCGGGGUCGAUGAUGUCGCGCACGUCCAUCACGGGCCAGAUGCGGAUGUACCCGCCGGCGCUGCUCCAGCUGACCGACAUGAGGUCGUCGACAACACUGGCCGCGCUGACUCGGAGCCGAGCUUCGCAGAGAAGAACGCCAAGGACAGGAAGUUGACGCUCGAAUGGUUGUCCAGAGAUCCCUUGCCUGACCUGAUGUUGUUGAGGUGCGCGCUCAAUCCCAUCAUGCGCAUGCUCCACGACCAGCUGGACAUGGCUAGCCUGCGCUGGGAGCUCAGCCAGAGGGCGGCCGUGGCGAGGUCGCAUCAGAUGGGACGCCUUCCAGGACUAGGCGAUCUGGCUUGGGCCGCAUCUCUGGCGUUCCGCCUGCUCGCGCGGGAAGGCGCGCUGGUGGAGCAGCUCCACGUGUCGAACCACUCCCUCUUCCACUUCAGAGUCUUCGGGCUGCUCGUGGAUAGCAGCAGGGCGCAGUCGUUGAACCGAACCCCAGACUGUAUGAAGGGGCCGUGGGGUAAAGAUUUGUGCGCCCGCUUCCCUGACUUGGUUGGCCAGGACCUCUGGGAGGUGCUGCUCACCCUCGCCAUGCUCAUUCAGGUGGACAUCACCUGCGUGGAGGCGAAGCACGCUGCCGUCCGACGCCAGCUGGAGCAGAGGUCAACCCACACGCACACGCUCAACAUCGAGGACGCCUCCGCCGAGUGGCUGAUGCAGCAGGCUCGCACUCUUCAGAGGACGCGACCUUGGUCUGGCCAGCACCGCCAUGAGACCAGUGCGAGCGAGCAGGACAGGGAUGCGAGAAUCGGGCGCUCAGGGGGCGUCAGGGGGGUGGAGGACGCCGUGCCCGACGAGCCCGCGCAGGAGAAGAAGCGCAUGAGGGCUGAGCGCGCUGGCCCCAAGGCAGGGGCGUUCGGACUGAACGAGAAGCAGCGCGCUGCCAUGAGACUUCGGGCAACGCGGCAGGCGCAGGCCAAUCGCGUGCAGUCGACGAGCGGCGACGUGGUGAGCCUUCUCCCAGGGGGCACUUCAUUCAUGGAUGUAUCUUGCCACGUGGCCGUUGCCAAGGAGUUGAGUUCACAGAAUCGGCAGCGGGUUGCCCAGCAGGAGAAGGAUAUUCAGGACACGCUUUCUGAGUUCGAGGUUGGCAGUGGCGCUGGUUUCGUGGAGGAGCUCCGCAGGCAAAUACCUAUAUUGCGGCAGUCUGAUAUUGUUCCAGUGCCAUGCGAGGGCCGUGGUCAUUGCUACUUCGUGCGCCCCCCUUCAGAGCAGCAUGCGAAAGUUGGCGUUGCGUGGGCGGAGGCGUUCAGCAAAUGCAACUUAGGGCAGUACCUAGAGCAACAAUGGUCGCAGAGACACCGCACAAUCAUGAGGGACGAUUGCGCUCCUGUCGAUGCCCCAGCUGCGCUCCUCACUCCGUGCAUGAAGGCUGGCAUCUGCAUUUGUCAAGGGGAUGGGCUGCGCAUGUGGAAGUUUCGGAAUAAGUACUUGGUCCAUCUCAAGGCCGCCUGCCCACCGCGAUCUUCGAUGCGAGCAUUGCUGGUCGAUGGCUUCAUCGUGUGUCGGUUUGAGGGUUCGCCAUUGGGGGGCGCCGAGGGACCCCCUGUGGAACUGUGGUUCCACGUCGCCGCGAUGUACUUGAGCCCAUUUCGGCCGACCUUCAGCAAAUUGCAGAAGCCAGCUGCUCAGCCUGAGGAUGAGCGGAAGAUCAAGUUGAAGGCUCGCGGGAUGUUCGUGUCUGCCAUGCGUUUCUCCAGGUUAAAUGCUUUUCCUGUGCGCCCCGACGCGUAG